CCAGAGAUAGAAGGCCAUGGGAAGCGCAAAGUCCAACUGGCACAGUAGCAGCGAGACGAGGAGAACUGGAAAACGUAAAGAGCGUGACCGCCAACGAAAAUUCUGGAGUGCCAAUGAGAGGCGGAAUAGAAACUUGGGCGACAGGAAAAAGAAUCGUCAAAAUUGCAUCUCGACAAUCACAAAAUCAAAAGAGAGAGAGAGAGAGAGAGAAAGUUGUAGAGGUUCAAUUCAAUGGUGCUGUGGGAGAUAACGCUCGGAACUGCGUAUUUCUUGGGUCUCAAGCGAACUUACAGGCUCGCUCUCAGGAUUCAGCGCAGGAUCGUCAACCCUAAGUACCCUAAGCUCCGCCAAUUCCUUCACAGACGGACUCGUGGUGUGUUUAAUUUAGCUCUCAGUGUGCAUCAGAACAUUCAAGAAAGGGACAUAGAAGUGGGUCGGAAUUUCGGGAACUUUAUAUUGCGAUGGCUGGAUCGAAUGAAGCCAUCGGCUCAGAUUCGGGGCCCGCCGCCGUCGAAUUGUGGGUCAGGAGGAAGAGUGGGAAAGGAUGCUGCAGCAGGUGGCACUUCUUCCAACCACAAGGCUUCAGGAAGGUCCAGGAGGGAUUCUGAUAGGCAUUUGUGUACCUCAUCAUCAUGGACAAGGCCUUUUCCGACAAUUGGGAGAAUGAUGCGACCGUCUAAUCCGGCUGGGACUACCGUCCAUGGCAGGCACUUCAGUGUCUCUAUGCCUGAAAUUGUUGGAUCAAAUUACGGAGUGAAUUGGUCAGGGGGUGUUAUUAGGAAGGACAUUUUGCAGUGGAUGCAAAACUGACCCUCCCUCUCUGGUGGAAGAUGUUGGAGUUUUGGUAGGGAUGGUGAUAGAGUACGCAAAUUUGUUAUCUCUGUUUAUUGUUUCUUUGGAUUUUUUAUAGGUAGUCAAGCUUCCUUUUCGAUAACCAGCAUUUAUGCAUUUGUUUUAAGUUUUGGUUAAAAGAACUAGUUGUUAAUAUCAUGGAUAAUUUUCCCGUUGAAUCAAUAAUGAUACUGGAGAUUUUGUGCAUUGCUUUA